AGAGGUCCAAUAAACGGAGAGACGCGAGGCGCAUCAUCUGUCGUCGUCUUCUCCCUUCGCUCCACCCGCAGAAACACGGAUACGAACAGGCGAGACUCGCGAGCCAUGGGAGUCACCAAGGAGGACGUCGAGGCCGCCAUCACCUCCUCCCUCAGCCCUUCCCAUCUCGCGGUGACAGAUACAUCCGGCGGGUGCGGCGCGAGCUACGAGAUCGAGGUGGUGUCAGAAAAGUUUGAGGGGAAGCGGCUGCUGGAGCGGCACCGGAUGGUAAACACCGCGCUGGCGCCGCACAUGGCGGAGAUCCACGCCGUAUCCAUCAAGAAGGCACUCACCCCUACGCAGGCCCAGCCGCAGCAGCCGCCGCCGGAGCCGGAGCCGGAGCCGGCCGCCGAUAAGGCCCAGGCUUAGUUCUUAACUCCCUCCAAACUGUUCGAUCACAUAUUCACCAUGCAUGAACCGAUGCAGUGUGGUCUUGGGUGUUGGAGAUGUGCGUCGAGUCUUUAUUUGAAUAAUGAGGCAGAUACAUUGGCAGAAUUGGAAUGGAUGUUAUGCUUAACUGCUUAGAAAUAUCAGUUAACUUCGAGUCCUAAUUAUGAGCUUGGCAGUUGAUCCUAUUUUGCAACCUCGCCAAUAACUUGUCAUCUAGUCAAUUGAGUCCCUGGGCUUCAAUAGUGCACUUCUUAAUGCUGUUGCAUCAUGUUUGAUUUAGUAUCGUUUAUUGUGGCUGCUGUAAGUUGACUGAAUCGAAGCCUGACAUGGUUGGUAGUUUCUACUAGGGAUUUUUAUGCACCUUGUUUACU